AUGUCCGGUCCAGUCCACACCUACGGCCCAACAUGCCUUCGAUCUACGCCGAAGCUGGAUCUCGUCGCUUUCCAGUCCUCGUCCGAUCCUCCGCCAGUCAAUUCCCAAUUCUUCUAUACCUCCUCUCUUCCGAUCGAUGAUCCCUUGACUCCGCUUCCGGCGGCUGCGACUGCGGCAUCUGGGAGAACAGCGUUUACGCCACAGCCUUUCUCGGCGCGGGAUAAUGUUGCUUUGGAACAGGCUUGGAGAGCUCUUGCGGAUACUGCUUCGCAGGAAACACGUCCGGGGAUUAGUUCCCGGAAGGAUAAGGCGAGGAAUUUGGGUACCACUUCUGGGGCGGGUAGCAUUGCGAGCGAUGCUGGUGGUAUGCCUAUGAAGAGAUCGGAACUGUUUAACCGACAUGAAGGUCCAUCGACAUGGCCGAAGAAGAGGGACACAUCUCCGUUAGGGCGAAAGUUCAAGUCAGUAAAGCGAAAUAGUGCCUCCUUAGCUGGCUCGGAAGGCCAUGUCUCCGGCUCGGAGGGAGCUUCAUCUUCGCGUAUUCAGCAGGGAGGUGAGAGCACUGCAAAUGGCCAGAGCACGGAUUUCGGCACAGAUGAUAUAACCGCUCCUGCAACCCGUGAGGAAGUCACAGAAAAUGCGACUGCUGAAGUACUGGAUACUGAAUUCUCACCCGAGGAACCUGAGGAUCGUUCGGCAAGAUACAAAAUCCCAGUCGGAGUCUCGCGUCUUCAUUUGGUAGAGCUACCAGGAUUGAAGAUGAAACCGAUAUAUUGGAGUCCGCUUCACGACAUAUCAGAUGUCCUUCGCGCAACAUGGUUUUAUAAAAACACAAUGCUUCCAAUUGAGCCGUAUCUUGCCAACGAGCUUGAAAAGGGUUAUCAUUAUAUGCGUGCUUGGACAGACACUUGGCAAGAUGAACUCAACAGCUGCGUAGAACAUGGGGCUGAUGCUGAGAUGAAGGUUGUAUACAAGUUGUGGCAGGAUGAUUUUGUGUCUCGAAGCCGGCCAGAGACUGCUCAGGGUGGGAAAAUGUCUACGGAUGUGUCUGUUGAUGAUGCAGAUGCCGAUAUUGAGGAAGUCACAUUUGCGCAAAAUCUGGCAGCCAGCGGCUCUACAAAGGAAACCGAGUCAGGUUCAUACAAGAAUGCUAGUGUGAUCUAUGUUGACGGUAAAGAUGCUCAAAUACUUCGCCCAAGUCUUCUGCCUUCGGUUUCGAGGAAUCGUCGACCUCUUAGCUCAAUUCGCAAGGGGCGUCAAAUCGGUAUCCCUGUAGUUCGUGGGUUCGACAGGAAGCAAUGGGAUCAACUUCAUCCUGUCAAGCAGACAAACAUUGACAUGAGACACUACUUAACACGGCCCCAAACGAGACAUUCCAGAGGCGAGCAAAUCUGUUAUGCUUGUGACAUUGAAGGUAGUCGACCCAAUCCAUCGGACUUGGUUCUUGUCAUCCAUGGGAUUGGUCAAAAACUGUCUGAGAAAAUGGAAAGUUUCCAUUUCACCCAUGCCAUCAAUGGGUUCCGCAGGUCUGUUAAUAUGGAACUCAAUAACGAAGAGAUUUGGCCUUUUAUUCGCCCUGACCAUGGAGGUAUCAUGGUGUUGCCGGUUAAUUGGCGGUCGACAUUAGAACUUGCAGAUGCUGAAAUGGACUCUCUGGAUACAAAUGACCCUACUGCAAACCACUACACACUCGACGAUCUCACACCCAAAACAAUCCCCGCAAUUCGCACACUUGUUAGCGAUGUGAUGCUAGACGUACCUUACUAUCUCUCUCACCACAAAGAGAAAAUGAUUCGUGCUGUCGUCAGAGAAGCAAAUCGGAUAUAUCGGCUAUGGUGCAUGAACAACCCUGGAUUCCACGAACAUGGCAGAGUACAUUUACUGGCCCACUCUUUAGGAAGUGUCAUGGCACUUGAUGUUUUGAGCAACCAGCCUACCAAUCCUCCUAGUUUUGAUUUGCAGCCGGCUGAAUUGCAUGAUGAUAUUUUUGAAUUCGACCCGAAGAAUGUGUUUCUGUGCGGGAGUCCUGUAGGGUUGUUUCUCCUACUUAACAAAGGUAAAAUCUCUUCUCCUUUCUACUUGCUCAUGCUAAUACGGCCUCAAAGCGAACUUGCUUCCACGACGAGGCAGAAAUAAGCGAGGGAGGGAAGGCGAAGAUAUGCAAAGAGGCGUUGCAGGAGAGGCCAAGAAAUACGGUUGUCUAGCACUCGACAAUCUUUACAAUAUUAUGCAUACGACAGACCCAAUCGCCUAUCAAGUAAAUGCAGCAGUAGACAGCGACCUAGCUGCUUCUCUCAAACCCGCCGUCGUCCCCAGCUCCUCAUCAUCCUUCAUCUCAUCAAUAUUCGGUUUUGGACCCACAAACAAAUCACUAACGAGUUCCGGUCUCUCAAGCACAGCGCUCCCUUCACGACCCACAAACAUCACAAAGUUACCUUCAAACGUCGAACUCGAAACACACGAUUUCACACGCGAAGAAAUCGCCGAAAAGCGUAUGCUCCUAUUGAACGAUAACGGUCAAAUCGAUUAUUUCAUAUCUGGCGGUGGUGGACCGUUGAAUAUUCAGUAUCUGAAUAUGUUGAGUGCUCAUAGUAGUUAUUGGAUAUUGCCGGAUUUUGUGAGGUUUAUUGUUGUUGAGAUUGCGCGGAGGCAGGAUAAGGAUGGGACUUUGUUGGCGUUGAGGGCGGAGAAGAAGAAGGGUUGGAAGGCGUAGAUCUACUCUCACAAUUGCAUUCUAGACAUACAAUACAUGAUAAAUCUAAUGAAUGUAUAUAGAAAUAAACUUUUACGUUCAUUGCUC